GACUUUCACAAAAGAGAGGAAAAAUAAGGAACAGAGAGAGAGAGAGAACAAUUCAAAAUCAAUUAAAUUGGCGGGCUUCUCCACUAGCGUUCUCAAGAAGAUACUCAGCCAGUCAAUCUCAGUCUAUCUCCGCCGGCGUUUGCUCCCUUUCAUUUCACCGCCAAUGGCGUCACCCUCAGAAUCCGCUCUCAUCUGCACCCUCGAAACAGCCGAUUCCAAAGGUGUAUUCUCUCUAGUCUCCGAUUUUCUUCACCCUUUCUCCGAUAUCAAAAAGCCAAAGAAAUGCAAGAAAUCAGCCAAGCCCACCGACGAUUCUUCUGCAAUACGUUCCCUAGCUAAGGAGUUUCUCUCAUUUCUCAAUCGCGCUCUCUCCAUUCUCCCCAAACGCCUCUCCAAUCCUUCUAAACUGGGCAACGAUCUCGAUUUCGCCCUAGAGUUAUUUGAAAUCUAUAAGCUUUGCUUGGGUUGUUUGGAAUCUUUGACGUCGCAGCUUUCGUGUAAACCCUAUACUGUCGAUGUCCAGAGGAUUCGAAUGGUGCAUUGCAUGGAGGAUUGGGGACUCUUCAAGGAUGCGGAGGCAGAGGGGUUUAGGAUUUUGGAGAGGCUUCGGGAUAUUGAUAGUAGAUCAAAGGCGGGGAAAAUGGAUUGUCGUGUCAUUCAUGAUGGGGAUAAAGGUGGUGGUGAUGAAGGUUUUUGUUUGCUAUUCGUGGAGGUCGUUGCAACGGUUGUUAAGUGUACGGCAUGUGGUCGUAGUAAGGAAAGUGGCGACUAUCGUAGGGUUCUUGGUUUGGUGGAGGAGGUUAGACCAUGGUUCAGGUUUCUAGAUGCUAAAGUAUCCGAGAAGACCCAGAGAGCACUGGUGACAUAUCUAGGCAAGUGUACUAUUUUCUUGGCAGAGGAGCUAGUUUGUUUUGGUGGGAGUCUCGUAAGUCUCUUCUGUCUCGCAACAUUUGCUGAAUAUGCCAAGUCGUCUUUAAGAGAUCAGACUUACAAGUUGGCCCGUCGGAUAUGUUCCAUCCUUUUCUCUCUACAACAGGAACAUCAUACAUCUAUGCUCGUCACAAGCAUACUAGCAUGUGUCUUGAAGUCUCUUACCCUAGAAAUAGAAUGGAAGGACGAAACUGAAUGUACAGUUGUUGAGUUUCUUCAGCUCAUCUGUUAUUGUGUAAAUAAAUGUCAGAGUGCAAGUUCUGAUUGUUGUUGUGCCUUUGCUAGACAUCUUGAGGAACUGACAAGUGAUUCCCGUCAGGAAACAACACCAUUGGGAUUGAAUUUGAGGCUUUAUGCUGUUGGGUUGAAAAUAUUUUCUAAACUACCCAGAGGUGAAACUCAUGCCUCUGCAUUUAGUAUUUUACUUGAUGAUAAAGACACUAUGCAGAGUUUGGUUAGCUUAAAUGGUUUCCUGGGGAGUUACUUUUGUAUUGGCUGCAGAAAGAGUAACGGGUCCUGCAGCAUUGAGCAGAAAGAUUUUGUUGGCCAGCCAUGUUCACAUUGGAAAUCUAAUCAUGAACAUGAGGUCCCUUCUUUAGUGAGCUGGACAGAGGCUUAUCUGUCCUCUUACUUGGAUGCUAUUAAGUUCUUAUGCAAGCCGCUUGCUGAAUCUGUAAAUUCCGAGAGAAAAGAAAUCCUCGCCGAGGAUAAAGCUGCUUCUGCUUUGUAUAAUAUUCAGAAUACUUUGUAUCAUUUCUGUGACGUCUUUCUUUUUUGUCGAAGACGUGCAAGUGAUGCUAAGAGAGAUGAAUGCAAUGAGAAUGUUAAUAUGCUAUUAACUGUUGUUGUGGCUGCUUUUACCCUGUCUAUUAGAACAAGGGUGGACAUGAAGAGGAGCACGGAUUUGAUCAAGGACAUUAUCUCUACCAAAUGGAUUCAACCUUUUGCUUUGAAACAUUUAUUUGCUUCUCUUAACAACAUUGGCCUAAUUUUGUACAAAAAUAAGCAAAUAAGAGAGGCUUCAAAGGCAUUGAAGUUAUCUUGUAGCGCAUCCUGGACCUGUGUUAGGCAUUUUUGUCAGAUGGUUGAUGACAAAUCAAGGCCAACAGAUAGUGAAUUUUCUGAAAACACUGUUCUAAGUUUUGUUAAUGAAGUGAUUACGAGAAGUGCUUUUCUCAUUGAUAUGCUCUAUCAGCGUGACAUGCAUAAGGUUGAAAGAGCAAUGAGUGAGAUUCUUAAGAGCUGGUCUUUGGGUGCAACAUUAUUUAAUGGGUUGCCAGUUCCCGUACAAUUGGUGAAGCAAUGGGUUAAGAUACAAUGCAAGCAUCAUAAGAAUGUGGAUUCCACAAAAAGCACAUUGACCUUGUAUUGUUUAUUGGGGUCUUUUAGGAUCAUGUCAAAGGCACAAAUUGGUGCUCUCAUGGAGCAGGAACUUGUUGAAUAUGAGGAAAUGAGCAAGCUAAAUCCAGAAUUUUGUCAAUCAUUACAAGGGAAGAUCUUGAGUACCCUCCUAAGGGAGGUGUAUGUUACACCAGAUCAUAGGCUAGAAAAAGCUAGAGUAUUUAUGAAUAAAGCAAGGGUAUUGAGGUUUUCUGAAACUGUAUGUUUGGACGAUUGCAUCCAAUGUUUAUCAGAAGCAAUAUCUACAAUGAUUGAGGCUGCUGGUGGAACUUGCAGCUCUGGAGUUCUUCAUUCUCAUCAGUUAGCUGUGGCAUAUUUCUUGCGUGCACUCUGUACCCAUGAGGCUGUACCAAAUUCAAAGCAAGUCUUGCCAGAUAUUGCUUCUGCAUUGGGCAUAUGGUUGGAAAUUUCAAAUCUGGAUUCCUUGCCAGAUGGUCAGCGCUUGAUACUUUCUGAGUAUAUGUUGCUGCUAUUAUAUAAUGCUUUUGAUUUGUUAUCAAUGAAGGGUUGCAUGGAUUACUACAAUAGCAUCUAUAGUCUUAUGAUUAGAUUAUUCAAAUGGAAAAAUGUUCAAUUGGAGAAGCUGUUGGCCCUUCUGUGGGAAAGCAGAAGAAUGAGUCAUGCAAUGUGUACUACACCAGCAAAUGAAAUAGUUAUAGCACAACUAUCUGAGCAUCUCGGUGAGCUCCCUAAGAGUUUUGAACUUUGGACAAAUUGUCUGAAGACAUUGCCAGGCAUGCUUGUUGGAUUCCAGCAGACAUUCUCAUUUUUAUGCCCAAAUUAUACCCAGAGUUCGUGUAAACGUGAAAAAUCUGUUCAAUUAUAUGUGACAAUUGAUGAGGUUAAAGAAGCUGCCUCAAAACUCAUAUCUCACAUUCCUGCAUGUACGAGUUCUAUUUUCUUGGCUGGACAUCUUUACUAUGAUUUAUGUGAAAGACUUAUUUCAGAAGGCUGUCUGAUUGAGGCUCUCUCAUGUGCAAAAGAAGCUCAUCGUCUACGUUCUAAACUAUUCAAAGAGAAGUUUAUGUACACUGUGGAGCAGCAUCUUGAAAAAGAUUGUGAAAUGGCUUAUGUUAGUCAGAAGCCUGCAUAUGGCAUUAAGAAUCUCCAGAAAAACAGAUCAGCUGCUCGUGAUGUGUGGUCAUUUGAUAAAAUAUCAUGGGACGUAGAAGGUUGCUAUCUUAGUCCUUUUAAUAUACUUCAGUGUUAUCUUGAAAGCACUCUUCAGGUUGGUCUUGUUCAUGAGAUCAUUGGAAAUGGCUCUGAGGCUGAAACACUUUUAAUGUGGGGAAAAAGUAUCUCCUGCUUGCAAAGCUUGCCACUGUUUGAAGUUGCUUUCUCUUCUGCUUUAGGAAAAUUAUAUAGAAAGAAAGAGUUGUGGAGUUCAUCACAAAAGGAACUUGAAGGAGCCAAACAGAUUUUAAAGGAUAGCAUUACUUCUUGUUUGAAGUGCAGAUUGGUGCUUGAAGUAAAAGUUCAUCAACAUCUUGGAGAUCUGUCCCGCGAUAUGUAUGUAAAUGCUAAAGGGAUAAUAUCUGAAGAGCGAUUAAUAAAUGCAGAAGGGUUUUAUAAUUUAGCUCUUGAGAAACUAAAUCUUUCUACAUGGAAAAAUUCUAUUAGUGGUAUAGAUGAAGAAACAUUUCUUUCAUCUUUGACAAUUCAAGUGGAAAGGCCAAAGGACAAAAGGGAUGGUAAAAAGGCUAAAAAAAUAACAAAUGCUCCCAAGUCUUUCCAAAUGGACCAGUGCGUAAAUCCUCGGAGUAAUAUGAGGUUGACUCGCUCUAGAUGUCGGAAGAUUCAGGGCCAAAGUGCAAGCAAUUCCAAUGAUGUAGAAGUUGACCUUUCUGUGCAUCUGAAAAACAACAUUCCUGAUAUUUCUAGUGCGUUGGGCCAAAAGCAAUCACACUUGCAAGUGAAUAGUUGCACACAAGGGAGAGAAGCAUCAUGCAAAAAUGGGAAAGUUGGAUGUUGGCAAUGUCUACCAAUGGAACUAAUUGAAGCUGGACAAAUGAACAAUUUCAUAUAUCUCAAGUGGGAGUUUGUUCGUAGACGGCUUGUGUUAAAACAGCUUUCUGGCAUAGGUAAGUGCUCAGAGAUGCGUGGUCAAAUUCAUCAAACACAUGAAACUAUUUUGAAAAGCAUGUCGUUCAUAGUAAGCAGAAAUCUCUUCUUUCAAGAGCACUAUGCGAUUGAACCCACAGUUUUGCUUGAGUUAAUUGGAAAGGAGGUCCAUGGAGAUGUGUUUGCUGUUGAGAGGGCAUCGGUUCUCUAUGAAAUUUGCUGGUUCUCUUUGAAGAAAUACAAAUAUGCAAAUACCAAGAUUAUUUGUUGUCCUUUGUCUGAGGUUCACUCUGAAACAUUGGUUUCUUGGCUGAGGGUUGCCCUUGUACUUUGCUGUGAGGUUCCCGUACUUUUUCAAAAGGUUUCAAGAUUGCUUGCUGUUAUGCAUGUAAUUUCUUCAACAAGUGAGCUAUUUUCUUUGGCAUCUUCCAACACAAUACUAGCAGACAGUCACUGGGCUUCAUAUUUUCACCAAGCUUCUAUUGGAACUCAACUUAAUAAUCAGUUCUUCCCAAAUACAACUGGAAGAUCUUGUGUACAGGAUCUUAAUUUUGCACAGGAUUUUGAUACAGGAGAAGAAAAAUUGAAGUUGAAGUUGUUUAGAAGGGGACUUCUUUCUAGUCAAGAUCUUGAAGAAUAUGUGAGAACGUUCUUUGAUGACCUUCCAUGUGUGACUAUGGUUUGUAUUAGUUUGAUUGAAGGAGAUCUUGCUUGUUUACUGCAACAAAUUCUCCAUUUUUCUUCAUCUGUUCAUGCAUGGAUCUUGAUGUCACAUUUAAAUUCGAAGCGUCAGCCACUUGUUUUAUUACUGCCGGUGGAGACAAUCUUAAAAGAAGGUUCAGAAGAAUAUUCAGGUGAUAUAUGUGAAAGAAAUGAUCUGUCUAAGCAUUGGCAAUGCCCGUGGGGAUUCUCAGUCAUAGACAAAAUUGUACCAGCAUUUAGAAUUAUAUUAGAGGGGAAUUAUUUAUCAUCUUCAGAGUUUCCUUCCGAGGAUACAAAAACAAAUAGGAAGUUGUGGUGGAAACGGAGAACAAAGCUUGAUGACUGCCUUGGUAAAUUAUUGGGAACUAUCGAAGAUUCAUGGUUGGGCCCUUGGAAAUUUAUGCUUUUGGGGGACUGGUCAAAUAGAAAGCAUCUAGAAUUUGAAUUUAAUUCAUUGAUGCUGAAUUUGAAAUCCAAAUGCAAACUGGAUGUGAAUGAGAGUCUACUGAAAGUUAUUUUAGAAGGUCCAGAGGAAGUUCUUGAAGCAUUUGAUUCAAAAUUGUAUUCAAGGAAAGGUUGCAUCAUUGGUAGGGAACGAUUUUAUAAUAAAGAGGGGUCUAAUCCUUUUCAAAACACAUCAAAUGGAUUGGACCAAGUUUCUGGAUUGGCCUGGAAAUUAAUACAAGAUGCGAAGAAAAAACUCGAAGUGGAAGACAAUACCAGCAGAGAGCCCAUAAUUCUUGUCUUGGACUAUGAUGUGCAGAUGCUUCCAUGGGAGAAUUUACCUAUACUUCGAAACCAGGAGGUUUAUCGCAUGCCUUCUGUAGGCAGCAUUUGUGCAACACUUGAUAGAAGAUACCAUCAGCAAGAGCAAGAUGGUGGGAUCAUGGCUGCCUUUCCUUCAAUUGAUCCCUUGGAUGCUUUUUAUUUAUUGAACCCUAGUGGUGAUCUCAACAACACACAAAUUGAAUUCGAGAAUUGGUUUAAAGAUCUAAAUUUGGAGGGAAAGGCUGGAUAUGCACCCACAUCUUCAGAGUUGAUUGAAGAAUUGAAAAGCCGCGACCUCUUCAUAUACUUUGGCCAUGGAAGUGGAGCACAAUAUAUUCCCAAGCAAGAGAUUCAGAAAUUGGAUGCAUGUGCUGCAAGUCUCCUAAUGGGAUGUAGCAGUGGUUCCUUGACAUUAAAUGGUCAUUAUGUUCCACAAGGGACUCCAUUAUCCUAUUUGAAGGCAGGUUCUCCUGUCAUUGUGGCCAACCUAUGGGAAGUGACUGACAAAGACAUUGACCGUUUCGGGAAGGCAGUCCUUGAAGCUUGGUUGAGAGAAAGGUCAUGUGCUUUACCUAGUUCUGCUCAGCAUGACAUUGUCACAAAAGAGUUGGAAGCCAUGAAAAUAAGUUCCAAGUGUGUCAAAAAGAAAGUGACAAGUCUACCUGCAGCAUGUGAAAGUGACUCAUCUAGUAAAGGCCAUUCUGUUCAUAAGCGAAUGAUUGGUUCAUUCUUGUGCGAGGCUCGUGACGCUUGCACUCUACGAUACCUAAUAGGAGCAUCGCCUGUUUGUUAUGGUGUUCCUACAAGCAUAAAGAAGAAGAAAGACCCGUCUUAAAUAGGUAUGGAUACAACCUGCAGUAAUAGGCUGUGAAGCUCAGAUACUCCAUUUCUUUAUAGGAGUUCUGACAGUUUCUUGUGGCAUUCCUACUCCCAUCAUGUAUCGGAAGACGCAAAUAUCGAUCUCGUUGUGUGAUACAACCUGGCUUUGAAAUCGCAAGUUCCAUUUUGAAGACAUGGAAAGUGGCAGACCGGUAUACCUGCAGUAUGAGAAAGUGCAAAGGCACCAAUUGUUUAUAGCAGUAGGAGAAGCUAUUUUUGUUUUUCUCCAUGGUCCUUUUAAGCCAUGGGCUGUCAUCUUUUCUGGCUAUUUUUCUUUGAAGAGGAUGUGAAGAAGUUUCAUACAAUGAUCGCUGGGUAAAGUGAGAAGAUACGGGAAAUGAAAAAGAUUUUGGAGGAGAAGGAAAAGGAGUUGGAAGUUAAAGUACAUUAGGACAAGAAGAUUGGUGAAGAGACUGAAGAGCUGAAGAAGAGGGUGGAGAAUCAGAUGUUUAAUACUAGAGAGGUGGAAAAGAUGAGAGAAUUGCUAGCUGUGGAGAGGGAUAUCGGUGAUGUCGAAGUCUUGAGUGAAAAUACUGCUAAAAUUGAGUCGAGAUGCAAUCACAUAGCUUCCCUUCAAUCCCAUAUUGAUGAAAUAAGCGCAUGACAGAAAGAUAUUGGCACUUGAUUCAAGAUGUGUCAGUUGUCUUACUUUCUGCAUGUUCUUAAUGCAAGAAUUUUUUGUUGUCUAUGAGCAAAGCUUCUUAUUAGUUAUUACAGUCCGCUGCCAGACUUGAAAAUUGGCUGCAAAUAACUUCAUUUUAUUUCAUCAUUUCUCUUAUCAUUUUGUUGACGAAGGUUUUGCUCGACUGUUAGGAACUACCUCGUACAAAAUGGUUUGCUCAACAUGUUAAUGGUUUCUAUCUUCUUGAAACACAACUAAACUCCUUAAAAUAUGAAAUAAGAGAUCAUACAUUGAGAUGCUCGACAGAAUCUGAAAAGAUGGUGGAGGAUGCUCAACAAGAAGCGCACAAUUUGGAUCUUCUGGAAAAAGAAACAGCAGUGAUUUUAAAGAAUGCCAAUUUGAAGCAUCAGGAAGCUAUAAAGCAAGGACAGGAAGAAAUUCAGAUGUGUGCUCGUGAAAUAGUGUCAUGUGUUGACUAUGUCUCACAAUAUAAAGAAUUUAUUGGAUCCAAAAUUUCAGAUAUGAAAAGCUACCUCUCAAACACUGCUGUCGGUAUCUCUGAGGCUUACAAGAAUUCUUCGCCUGCACUGCUUAGUUAGUUAGAUAUUUCUAUUGCAUUUCAUACAUUAUGAUUUGCAACUAUAUUUAUCAGUAAUUUUUCUAAACAUUUAUUCUUGUAAAUCACCGCUGAGUUUGUUAGCUUACCCUUUCUUCCGAGUUUUUUUUCUCUUCCAGGUGUUUGAGUUUCCAACAAGCCUACAAGAACUUUUAUCGGCCACCAGACUUUGAUAAUCUGUAAAUUGUAGUGAUUAGCACGUUUUUUUUAUAAUGAUUCUGUAUAAUUCCUUUUCUCAUUUUGUAAAUUGAAACUUGUAUUUUUUUUUUUGUUUCUUCUUUCAAUUAGUUUUUUUCUUGGU